UCGAUGGAGGAGUGGAAGUGAAGAGGUUAGCCGACGCUGUGUAAUAAUUAGUUUAAACGUUUAACUGACUAGAAUUUGGAUUGAUUUGACUCGCCGAAAGAAAGCCAGCCGCCAUGACCGUCGUGAUCGGGUUUGAAGGCAGCGCCAACAAGAUCGGCAUCGGGAUCGUCAGAGACGGGGAGGUGCUCUCCAACCCGAGGCGGACCUACAUCACGCCCCCUGGUCAAGGGUUCCUGCCCAGCGACACCGCCAAGCACCACCGGGCCGUCAUCCUCACCGUCCUGAAGGAGGCGCUGCAGCAGGCGGGGCUGCAGCCGGCAGACAUCGACUGUGUGGCCUACACCAAAGGUCCGGGCAUGGGGGCCCCCCUGGUGACCGUGGCCCUCGUGGCCCGCACCGUGGCCCAGCUGUGGGGGAAGCCGCUGCUCGGGGUGAACCACUGCAUCGGCCACAUCGAGAUGGGCCGGCUCGUCACGCGGGCCGACGACCCCACCGUGCUCUACGUCAGCGGAGGCAACACGCAGGUGAUUGCGUACUCAGAGCGGCGCUACCGGAUCUUUGGGGAAACCAUCGACAUCGCGGUGGGAAACUGUCUGGACCGGUUUGCUCGAGUCCUGAAGAUCUCCAACGACCCGAGUCCAGGAUACAACAUCGAGCAGAUGGCCAAGAGUGACUCCUCCCCCUCCAGAGGGAGUCAGUUCGUGGAGCUGCCCUACACGGUCAAAGGGAUGGACGUCUCCUUCUCUGGGAUCCUGUCCUACAUAGAGGACGCCGCCCACAAGAUGCUGAGCUGUGGGCAGUGUGCAGCAGAGGACCUGUGCUUCUCCCUCCAGGAGACGGUGUUCUCCAUGCUGGUGGAGAUCACUGAGCGGGCCAUGGCUCACUGCGGCUCCCAGGAGGUCCUCAUCGUGGGGGGCGUCGGCUGUAACGAGCGGCUGCAGGAGAUGAUGGGCGUGAUGUGCGAGGAGCGAGGAGCCAAGCUGUUCGCCACAGACGAACGGUUCUGCAUCGACAACGGAGCCAUGAUCGCUCAGGCCGGCUGGGAGAUGUUCCGGUCGGGUCAGGUGACGGCGCUGGAGGACUCGUGGAUCACCCAGAGGUACAGAACCGAUGAAGUGGAGGUGACCUGGAGAGACUGAUGGACCACAUGACGUCACCUGAAUGGACAUUGCGUCAUGAUUAAUGAUAUUACAUCAUGAAAUGGACAUUCCAUGAUGGAAUGGACAUUAGCCGGCAUCAUUCUGUGGAGAAGUCGCAUGUGACAUUUUUAUGUAAAUAAAUAUUUGAAAUACAUGUAGCUGUUACAGAUCCUCAUUAGUCAUCAAAUGUGCACUUUAAAUAAAUACAAAAAGCAAAACC